AUGUCUCCGUCAUGCUCGAGACUAUUUGCCUUCUUCGGAAACGUGAUCGGCUAUGUCGCCGGAGCCGCCGACACAGUCGUGCACAGUCCCUUGGCAUGCCUUCCCCAGCACCGUCCACGAUCUCGGCCAUCUACUCUCCGAUGUCGGCACAUUCUCCGUCCAGCAAGCAUCUCCGUCACAUCCUUCGUCGCGCUCUCACUCUUCAUCCAUUUCUCCGAUAGUGCCAACGUGCUCUCCAGAGACAAGCGAGUCUCACAGUUGCCGUCUCUUUCUGUGGUAUCUCCUGCAGCACCUAAAUCGAUCCUCAAGUGUGCCUUCUCCGAGUCCAUCUCAGGUGACGACCCCGAUGAGCUUCCUGGAAGCGGCCACUACGUCGGUCGGUGUUCUUCGAGUUCUUCAACACCGUCAAGGUUACCGGAUGAGUUCUCAUCAACCGGUUGUGUAGGAUAUUGGAGGGUGCACGAGUAUAGUUUCCCAGAUGGCAAAGUGACAAACCCGUAUAGUUCAGAUGGUGGUUUGUUAAGAAAAAAAGUUUAUAUGAAAAAUCAAAUAUCCAAGAAAGAUGGUACAUUUCUUGGCAUUUAUGGGACCUCAAAAAAGAAUGCAAAACUAAGGCAUCUAACACAAGAUGUUGCAGCUACCAAAAUUCAAUGUGCCUAUAGGGCAUAUAAGGCAAGAAAAGGUCUACGCCGGUUGAAAGGAAUCGUUAAGUUUCGUGGAGCUUUAGAAGAAGGCCACUCUGUGAAAAACCAGGCAGCUUCAGCUCUAAAUCACAUCCAUUUAUGGAGCAGAGUUCAAGCCGAGAUCAAAGCUCGGUGGCUUGGAAUGGUUCUCGAUAGCCGAAAUAGGCAGAAAAAGCUCGAAAAUCAGCUCAAACUUGAUGCCAAGCUCCAUGAACUUGAGUGGAGGGCAAGUUCAAAUCAGUAUUUUGGCCAAUCUUACUAUGACAUCAGCAAAGAAAGCUGGGGAUGGAGCUGGAAAGAGCGGUGGAUAGCCGCCCGGCCAUGGGAAAAUCGAGCACUAAAGCCCUCACUCGUUAAAAAGGUCGAAACCAAACACAAAACAAGCGAAUCAGUUUCGAAAGCUGUCAAAAAAGCCUCGACUGAUGGAAAAGCCUCCGCGCAUGCAAGAAAAGCAUCGGGAGUUUCAAAACUUGCAGUUGCAUGAUGACCCAACAAAAAAACACUACGGAUCAAGGAAAAAAAAGACUCGAUUUUUACGCUCGGGUUUGUGAAUGUGAAACAAUCGGUUCGCUAAGAGAAAUGGGGUUCGGUUGGUAUUAACUAAUAAUUUGAGGAAAUUAAGAAAUAAUCUUUUUUGGUGGUUUGUCAAUAAUAAAAAGAUAAGAGGGCAUUGUGUAACUUAUAAGCCACUUGAGUGUGGAUUAGUUUGUGUGUAUUGAAAUUUUUUGGGGUGAUUUGAAGCUUUUCUAUUUUCCUUAUCCUUUUGUGUUUGUUGUUCGGAUUGGAUUGUUACAAAGUUGUUGUUUUUUUCCCUAAUCACCAAUUUGAUGUUAUGACAGUUAAGUGAAAAAGUUCUGUUUUUUCUGUUCAGUUUGAUCAGAUUUACAAAAUCAUUGUAACAUUUUAAAAAAGA